GUAAAAUUCUAUAUUAACACCUCAGUAACAUUGACUUAACAGAUGGUAGUAAGCGAACGUUACCAUCGGUGUACCGGGACCAGUGUUAGUGCUAGCCAGGCUAACGGCUAAGCUAGUCCGCCUCACUCUGAACGAUGUAGCUAGCUAGUUAGCUCGGCGGCUAACCGUUUGAGAAUAAGCAACCACUGUUACUUGCGUUAGCUGGCUAAUGGGGCUUCAGUGGCUUGCCAGUUUCUCCAGCUCAUCGGAUACAUCAGAUAUAUUCAAAUUGGAUUAAGGUUUUUAAAUUCAUUAUAGGGAGCAUCAUAAAAAAGCAAACAAAGCUGCUUUCUAAUCUAGAUAGCUAUCUUAGCUGGCUAGCUCGACUAGAUUAGCUAGUUAGAUAGCUAACUUGUUGUGGUAGCUAGUCAAGUCAUAUCUCGCUAGCUAGAAAAACCUGCUAACGUGAAACGAAGCCAGCUAACCUAGCCAGCUGCGUUACUCUUGCGGAAUAGCUGUUUUUCUUUUUACUUUUACGAAUAACAAAUGUUUGCUAGCCGUCUUAAGUUAGUUAGCAAGCUAGCUUGAUAGGUGGAGUUGUCAUUUGCUAGCUAACAAAGUACUAACGUAGCCUUUUUUUUUAGCUACGAAUAAUUAAAUCAAGCAAGUUAACAUCUAUGAUAUAUUUAGAAACUACUUGUCCUCCAUCCCUUUAGGACCAGGAGAAUUUACUUUUCUGAUCUUUGGGCAACAUUAAACAGCUCUGUGCGAUAAGUUGGCUAGCUUCCCCCCCAAAAAAAAACUAUCCAACAGAUGUUCAAAAGUCACUGUCUUAUUGUUUAUUGCCAGUAACUAACUAGCCAGCUCAGUUACGUAGUCUGGGCAAUUUGGUUGUGGAUAUGAUUUGAGUAACGAGUCACCACUGAAAAUCCUUCGCAAUAAACAUAACUCGAGCUUAAUUUUAGAAUUUACCUAUUAUAGACAACAAUGCAGUUUUGUAAAGUAACAAUACUGAUGCACAGAACUUUAAGUCCUUAAGAUAUGACCAUUAAGUUUUUCUACCAGGAAGAAAAUUACUUGUUCAGUGCUCAUGACUUCGUAUGUGUUUAUUUAUGCUGUGUUUCAGUUGAAGCUGAGCUCCGUGCUGCGCUGCCAGGCAUGCGGAUCAGGCUGCAGGGCUCAGGCCACGCGGCCCUUCUCCUCUCCGAGCUGAACCGCUGCCGUCUGUCGCGGUUGCUCUGCGACGUAGUCCUGCAGGUGGGAUGCCGCUCCUUCCCUGCACACCGCGCCGUGCUGGCCUGCGCCAGCACCCACUUCAGCAGCUUGUUCUCCAGGGCCUCCUACAGCCAGGGCACCACCCCCCCCACCUUCUCGCUUGACUUCAUCUCCGCCACUAACUUUGAGAAGGUGCUGACGUUCAUUUACACGGGUGAGGUCCUGGCGGACCUGAUCGACGUCGGAGUGCUGUACGAGUUGGCCGAGAGACUGGGCGUGAGGGAGCUGGUGCGUGCCUGCCACACCACCUUCCCAGACAUGAAGAGCUCUGACGGCGAUGGAGAUGGCGAAGUGGGCCCGGCUACCACCACGGCAACCUCGGCGUGCUCCUCCUCUGCCGCGUCCUGCUCCUCUCUGUCGUCUCCUGCCGCUCCCACUCCGGUUGCACCUUCUCCACUGCCUCAUAGCCGGGGGUCCAGGCUGAACCGUGCACACGUGGCCCCUCUCUCCCACUCUCCUAAAGCAGAGGACAACUUCCAUGUGCAUUUGGGUUACAGCCAGCUGGCGGAUAGCAAGCAGGGCCCGUUGGAUAGCCACCCGUCCCAGGCUGCCGAAAUCCUCCCAGGACUCACCCUCCAGCUCAAAACGGAGCAGGAAGAGGAAAAAGUAGACGGGACCGGGGGAGAUGAGGACCAUGCGGUCGUUAGCGGCAACAAACCGCCGCUUCUGGAAGUGUGUUCCGUUCCUGACUCGUCGGCCCAGUCCGGGGGGGAGACGUGCGCCCCCUCGUCCUCCUCCGGGGAUCCCCUGGACGGCCUGCAGCUCAGGACGGUUGAUGGCGAUGCCAGCCUCGACGUGGGCGCAGUCAAAGAAACCGUUCUGUUCGGAGAGGAGGACGACGGGGAGAAGCAGGGCUUGCAAGAGGGGCCGACAGAGGAGGGAGACCAGUGGAGAGCGCUGGCCGGAGACAUAAUCGAGCUGAGCGACGACGAAGAGCAUUACAUCGAGGAAGAGGAAGACGACGAAGAUCUGAUGUGCAUCGAGAACGACGGGAAUGGCGCGUCGGCGAACCUGGGCCAGCUGGUGGCGCCCUCACUGCCAUGCAAAGCCUGCGGCGCCCUGCUGGCGGCGGACAACGGUGUCCUGCGCGCUCAUGCGGAGACGCACCUGUCGGAGACGGGAAGUUGCCGCGUGUGUGGCGCUGCCUUCCCCGACCGCGCGGCCAGCGUCACGCAUGCCCUCACUCACGUGGGCAUCCUGCUUUUCUCCUGCGACAUCUGUGAGCUCCAGUUCUGCACUGAGGCAAAGCUGAUCCGGCACAGGCGCCAGUCGGCAUCGCGGGCCAUCCCCCAGCUGCCCGAUCAGCUGAACAGCACAUCUCAGGGACCUGAAGGAGAACUGCAGUGUGCCGUGUGUGCUAAAUCCAUUUCCAAGGAUUUCAAGGUUGUCAGGGACCAUGUACACAGCCACGUGUGUUUGCGGACCUUGCGCUGCGGCGUGUGCCAGUCACCGCAGCCCUCUCGCUGUGCUCUCUUGUGGCACACUCUGACACACCUCCUCCUCAUUCACUCCUGUCCACAGUGUGCCUGUCCCUUCCUGGAGCGCCCUCUGCUGGACAGACACUUGGCUAUGCACGCUGAGGAAGGAGGGGCACUGGCGAAAGAGGACGAAGGCGGCCAGGAGAGCGCGACGGAUGGACAGGGGGAAUUUCAGUGCUUCCUCUGCCCUCAGACCUUCCGCUCCGACGCAGCCUUCCAUUACCACCUCAGCAUGCACCCCAGUGACUCCCACGGUGUGCAGGCAUGGCCAGCCAAGCGCAAGGCGGACCAGGCCCUGGAGUUCUCCUCCUCCUCCUCCUCCCCUCUGGAGGCAGGUGGCCUGGGCAAGCUGGGCAGCCUGGGCUUCAACAUGGGCCUGGGCUUGGGCAUACCUGACAAAGUGCUCCCUGGGGGCUUGUCCUUCCCCGCCGGUCCCUUGCCGAACGGCGGCCCGUUGGGAGCAGCCUCCGUGGGGGCGGUCCUCAAGCAGAAGUGGUACCGCUGCCGGUACUGCGGAAAGCGCUUUGCGCACUCGGGCGAGUUCACCUACCACCUGCGCAUCCACACGGGCGAGAAGCCCUACCAGUGCAAGGUGUGCCUGCGCUUCUUCCGCGGCCGCUCCACCAUGAUCUGCCACCUGAAGACCCACGCCGGCGCCCUCAUGUACCGCUGCACCGUCUGCGGCCUGUACUUCUCCACCCUCAAGAUGGUCUCCUCGCACAUGGAGCUCCACAAGGAUCACCUGCCUCCGGACUUCAACAUCGAAGAGACAUUCAUGUACAACGACCACUCCAAAGAGCCUCUUCCCAGCGUGGACACCUGAAGUCUCUCACACACACAUAUACACACACACACACACACACACACACACACACACACACACAGACACACACACAUCUCAGGUGCCUGAAGAGUUAGCCCACACAGUCACUGCUUCUGAGGACCAAGUGUCCGUAGACUUAGGUCGUAACUAAAUGUUUUAGCUGUGUGAUUUCAGAACGGAGAUUAUUUUAAAGAAUUGACCUUUUGGAUUUCAGUAGGUACUGUUAUUUCAUUACCACUUGGUGGCAGCAUUUAUUUAUGCUGAGAAGGAUGAGGACAGGCUGUUCUGACUAUUAGUUUAGAAUUACCUCUUGAUAUUCAGUAAAAUCAUCUUGUACUCGAUAUAAGCUAAAAGAAUCGCUGUUACAGAAUGUUAUGACAACAUAUUGUCUCAUUGGUAGUGGUAAUAAGUUGUGGAUUAAAGAAAAGCAGGCCAGGCAGACUACAGCAGUAAGCCCAAGCUAUGAAAGCAGAAGAAAAACAUUUCAUCACCUUCCUGCAGAAGGUGAUUUUUUUUCUAAAUAUUGUUAUUAUUUUUUUUAGUAUCAAAGUGCUUGUGUAUCACAGAAUUAGAAGUGUCUGUUCAUGAUUGCUGUUUGUAUGCUAUAAAUUGAAUAUUGAAUAUUGAGUAUAAAUUGAACACAGAAUGCUCCAAUUGGUCAUUAGUGCAAGGCUGUUUAUGUAUUUCGGUAGGAAAUCACGGAUGGGAAUAACCAAGGGUUAAAAUGAAGUGCAAAUACUGUCCACCAAUCUAACUUAGAGGUACAGCUUCCGCUGAGGAGCAUAUUUUGUGCAAGAUCAGCAUAUUAUAUGUUCUGUUGCUGUUUAUUGUUAAUGUUAAAGAAUGUUGGUAUAGCAGAUUUGGUUGUUUGUGGGGUUGUUGUUUUUGUUUUGUUUUGGGGUUUUUUACGUGUUCGAUUUUUUAAAGAACAUUAAUAAUUGGGAGCAUUCUAAAGAUCCAAAAAUAAACAUGGUCAUAUUUUAACUACAUAAAACAAAAACUUAAAGCAACAAUAAGUAGCAUUGUUAAUCAACAAAAUUGUUGUGAUAUUUGUUGAAAAUAAUUUUACAGUGGAGGGGGUGAAUGUGCUGGUUACAUAGAAGGCAAUAGCAGUGUAAUGACCAGUUGCAGGUCAGUAAUCUCUGACGAGCAUUAAUGUCUGACCAGCAAACCAUGAACAUAAUACCUAUUGCUCCUUUAAAGGGUAACUGUAGCAGUAGGGUGAAGCGUGAUUUCCACGGUAUGUGGUAUUUUUCUAAUGUGAAAAAAUGCCUUAUCAGACAGAUUAAGAUCUGUAAGUAUUUAUUUAUUGUAUUUAUAGAUUUUUAAGUUGCCACAUUAUAUUUUGUAAGGAGUGAUUUCAUUAUGAAUGAACGUGUAUUGUUUUAUUCACAAUUGUAUUUGUUUAGUAAGUGUUCUGAAUAAAAUUAAGAUCAUGUGCACACACA